AUGUUUGGCCUAUUUCUGACUCUCCUAGGCUGGAUAGGCCUUAGCCCUGUGCCAAUAGCAGCAAACCUCAUUGGAACAACUGAACCAGCAUUAAAACUUCUUAUUUCAAUCUUGUUAGGAUAUCCUUUGGGAGUAAUCUAUAAUAAAUAUGUAAGAAAACAUAGUGAAUAUAGAAAUAUUUAUUUCAUUGUAACUGGAUUAGAUAUAAGUUUAUGUAAUUUUGGUAUAUCUUUUUACCACAAUGUUGUACCAGCUUUGGUAAUUUAUAUGACAACAAAAGUAUUAGGACCUGGAAAAAAUAAUGCAAUUAUCACAUUUAUAUUUAAUUUGUCGUACCUCUUAAUUGGGUACGUUCAGACAGAAUCUGAGGAAUAUGACAUCACUUGGACAAUGCCUCACUGUGUACUGACUUUAAAAUUGAUUGCUUUAUCUUUUGAUUUGUGGGAUGGCCAAAAAAUGUUAAAAGGAGAAAAGCUUUCUGACACUAAUAAACUAACUGCUCUAGAAUUUUCACCAAGCUUUUUAGAACUGAUUGGAUUUAUAUACUUUCCUGCCUGUUUUCUUGUGGGUCCCAUCUUCUCAUUUAGACGAUACCUUGACUUUGUAUCUGAUAAAUUCCCUGUUGAAAGAGAAGCUCAUGCGCUAGAAGAUCAAGCAAUGAAAAGAUUGUUCCAGGGCUUAGCCUAUCUAGUGGCAUUUCAAGUUGGAAUUUCUGUUUUUGAUAUGAAGUAUAUGCUUUCUGAUGAUUUCUCUGAAACAUCAAUCAUUUACCGUCACUUUUAUAGUGGAUUGUGGGCACAUUUUGCUCUAUACAAAUACAUUUCCUGUUGGCUACUUACUGAAGCUUCAUGCAUUCGUUUUGGACUAUCCUUCAAUGGUAUGGAGAAAACUGAAAUGGGUGAAGUGUCCAAAUGGGAUGCUUGCAACAACAUUAAACUGAUGAGGUUCGAAGGUGCUACGAAAUUCCAACACUACAUAGAUAGUUUUAAUUGCAACACUAACCAUUUUGCAGCAGAGUAUAUAUACAAGCGGCUAAGGUUUCUUGGUAAUAGAAAUCUCAGCCAAUUCUUUACAUUACUAUUUCUCGCAUUGUGGCAUGGUACUCGUUCUGGCUAUUACAUGACUUUCUUCAAUGAAUUCAUCAUUAUAUAUAUGGAGAAAGAAUUUGAAAGUAUUGUCACUAAAUCUGAAAUAUAUCAUAAGCUUUGGGCAUCACCUGCCAAGUAUUUACUUUAUGGGUCCCUUAAGAUUUACACUAUAGUCUUCAUGGGCUGGAGUCUAAUUCCGUUUGAUCUAAAAGUAUUCUCAAAAUGGUGGCAUCUUUACUCGAGGUUAUAUUUCUCAGGCUUUGUAUUGUUUUUGCCGUGGGCAUUUGUUUAUAAGCCUGCUCUUAUAAAAGGAAUUAAAAUGUUGUCACCAUCUCAA